UAAAAAGAAAAAAGGAGUGAAAUUAAAGUUAAAGCAUAAGGGAAAAGAUUUUUUAAAUGCGUAUUUUACAACAUCGUUUGCAUAUCAUUGAACCAUAAUAGCUAUGUUAUUCUCCUAUACAUUUAGCAGAGUAAUACCAUGAGAACUGAAAUAUCAUUUUGUUUUUCUCAGAAUAAUAUAAAGUUGUUCACAAAGUCAAGUCACAAAUUACCAUUUGGCUUUAUUACCUUUAUUCAAAAUUACCAAGAGACUCAGUAAUUACAAUUAGACAAAAAAAUCAGUUUACUUAAUUUGUCUCGCGUCACGGGUGGCACCGUAUUUCGGGACUGACGCAGAUGUUUUUCUCAUUUUCCCUUUCCUCCCAUACCAUACUGGCAUUAAUUUUCUUCAGUUAUUGUUAACUAAUGGUUAAAAAAAAAUUUCUACCCCAACGUAGAGUUAAAUCGAUAUAAAACGUCGACAGUUUUUUCUUACAGUAAACAAAUAAGUUUUUCGCACAAUCGCGCCAACCAACACUCAACGCCCGCGUCACCCCGCUGAUAGGCGGAUCGUACUCGGCGCUGAUUGGCUGAAGGGCGGUUAGGGGCCAGUGAAUAUUAAUGAGUUAGAAGUUGUUUCACCAUUCAUUGAAGGCGCCACGUCCACUCGGUGAAAACGUUGCCUAAACUCAGACGAAAUGGAAAACACUCAAAAGAAAACUAUGGAAGAGAGCCGUUCAGGACUCCGCCAAGACAGUGAUUGUUCUCGCAAGUCUAUUGAUAGGACAUUCGACGAUUUAUGGACAGGAUGGCUUUGGCCAGAAGAUGAAGUAGAACCACCAAAUAAGUUAAGGAGAGUAUCCAGAUCUUUCACAUCAUUGCGGAUGGUUGAUAACAUUGAAGGUGACAAGGAAUCAACCGUAACUAAGAUGCAAAACGAUCCGAUAUUUGUAACUCCAACCAAACCGGUUACAAAACGAUCGACAAAAAGAAAACGCCUAUUUAAUAAAGAAAAUUUGCCACCAUUGUUCUCGGAAAGCCAACAAAGCCCCGUCCGUAUUCCAGCUGUUAACGUACCGGAUAUCUGUAGGGAGAUGUCGGCACGUCAGAAGGUAGUUGUGGAAAUGCUACAGAAAGAACGUAAUUACGCCAAAGUUUUAGCUUUUAUGAUUAAAGUGAAAAAUGAAUUGGAAUGCUCGAACCAACCAGGUGGUGCUAUCUUAACUCAGCAUGACAUUCGGGAUAUUUUCGGUUCUCUACAAGAAAUUUACGAUACUCACUGUCAAAUUUUAAAACAAUUGAACUAUCAUGUGAACAAUUGGCAAGAUUCUUGUUUAAUUGGAAAUAUCAUUCAAAAGAAUAUUGCAAGAUUGGAAAAGGUCUAUCCACCCUACGUUAAAUAUCAAGAUAGAAUUGCCCGAAGGAUUGCCGAAUGCGAUUCGGAAAAUGAGCGUUUUAAAGAAUACGAAAAAAAAUUGAAAUUCCGCUUAGAUGGGACAAGGGAAAGUUUAGCUGAAUUGGUUAUUAGACCUGUGCAGAAGUUACCUAGUAUGGAACUUUUAUUGGAGAAUUUACUUUCGAAGACGAACCGUUCGCACGCGGAUUACAAGCAAUUACAAAAUGCUCUACGACAACUUCGACAAGUUACUUGCAAAUUGAAUGAAGGUAAAAGGAUGGCCGACGAACAAAUCAAAUUAUUCGAAUUGAAUGAAAGGAUAGACGGCCUUCCGCCAACUCUUCUAAGUUCCUCUCGACAUUUCCUGUGCCAAGCUAACGCUUUUGGUUUAACGGAAGAAAGCGCUUCGAUGCAAGCUGUAACUCUUUUUCUAUUUGAUGAUAGUCUGGUAAUCGGAAAGAAGAAACGCCAUAUGCCAAAAUCUCCUGCCGCCCUACCGUCUACGCCUCAAAGGCGAACGACCCAUAAAUUUUUGAAAGAAAUCCGCCUAAACAGCGUGAAGCGAGUAGUGGACGUAAAAAGAGAUGAAAUUAAAGGUGCUUUUGCUAUCGUAUGCUCUGAAGAUGAGAAUGAAAGAGUUUACGCUUUCGCGACGGCCGAAGACCAAUGCCCCAUUAAGCGAGAUCUCCUUACGGCGUUAUCUAAGCAGGAAAAUGUAGUGCCUAGCGACCUCUUCGAAUCUAGCUCAUAUCCAAUGUCUUCAAACAAAAGCCUUUCCAGAGCAGCCCGCUGUUUGAGUAGGAGAGUAAGCCGGGCAUUUUCGUUCUCCAGAACGCCAAAAAGCCUCCAAAAAGCCAUGGCGUCCGUUACGCAAGCAAUUUCUCCUAGGACUCCAUUAAGCAGUAAAUUAACUUCCAUGGCUAACAGAAGAUUCGGUUUAGCGAGCAGCAUGCUCGAUUUAACGGGUGCCUGUUCAAUUCCAGAAGAAAAAAGAAGUUAAAUAUUGUUUAAAGAGCUAUUUUCUCAGAAAAUAAAAGACUUUUUCCAAUCGUUUUUUUUAUUUGGUGCUGAA